AUGAAGAUGGCCGCCGAGGUAAGGUGGCUUUUCGUUUUCCUCGUGUCUUGCGGCGUGUCGUUGGGCCGCGGCGAGGCGCCGCAUCGGAAAUUUGAGUACAAAUACUCCUUCAAGCCACCGUAUCUCGCGCAGAAGGACGGCAGCGUACCGUUCUGGGAAUACGGCGGAAAUGCCAUUGCUAGUGCAGAAAAUGUCAGAGUAGCACCGUCACUUAGAAGCCAAAAAGGUGCAAUAUGGGUGAAACAACCUACAAUUUUUGAUUGGUGGGAAGUAGAAUUAGUAUUCCGAAUAAGCGGACGUGGAAGGAUAGGAGCGGAUGGUUUGGCAUUCUGGUACACAAGCGAUAAAGGAUUCUACAAUGGCUCCGUUUUCGGCAGUUCAGAUCUUUGGACGGGUUUGGGAAUUUUCUUUGACUCGUUCGAUAAUGACAAUAAGCAUAAUAAUCCGUAUAUCAUGGCGAUUGUCAAUGAUGGCACAAAGGCUUUUGAUCACAUAAAUGACGGCUCUACGCAACAAUUAUCAGGCUGUUUGCGAGAUUUCCGCAAUAAACCAUUUGCCACACGAGCGCGGAUAGAGUAUUAUAUGAAUUCGUUAACUCUGUUAUUCCAUAACGGUAUGACGAAUAAUGAACAAGAUUAUGAUAUAUGUUUCCGAGCUGACAACAUUGUGUUACCGAAAAAUGGAUAUUUUGGAAUUUCUGCCGCUACUGGUGGCCUGGCUGAUGACCAUGACAUCUUAUAUUUUCUUACUACCUCUCUGCAUCCUCCCGGACAGCUUCCAGUAGACGGGAGUAAAGUUUCUAUAGAGGAACAAGUCAAACUCCAACAGGAAUACUUAGACUACCAAAAAAAAUUAGAUGAACAAAAAGAGGAAUACCAAAAGGAACAUCCAGAAAGUCAAAAGGUGGAAUAUGAUGAAUAUUUUGAAACGGAGAAUCAAAGAGAAUUACGGCAGAUAUUCCAUGGACAAAGCCAGAUGUUUGAAGUUUUACGCGAUCUUCACAGGAAAUUAGAUGAGAUUGUUGGAAGACAAGAGAGAGUUUUGGGUUUAGUAUCUCAAAUUGGACAAGGAGGUGUGCAAGUUCCGGGCCAACCAGGACAGCAACCUGUGCUGAUCGACACCAUACGUCGACAGGAAGUCGAGGCUGUGUUGAAUAAUCAAAAUGUAAUAUUGAAUACAGCUAGGGAAAUUAAAUCUUUUAUGGGAGAAGUUCAUUCUAAGACUGAAUCUAUUCUUAAUAAUCAAGCACAUGCUCCGACAGCGCAGGUGCAGCCAAUGGGAUACGAUUAUCAGUCAUUCAUGACAGAGAUGCGAGACGGGCUUAACACGUUAAAAAAGGAUGUUAAAACUCCGGGAAAUACAGAUUGCCCUAAUUGUUUAACGACUACCGUGUUCUUACUGUUCAUUGCGGUACAGAUGAUAAUAUUAUUGGUGUACAGUCUUUAUCGGGACAAUAAGGAAGCACAGAUGAAAAAACUCUAUUAAUGUAUACACAUCGUCCACAUCGACAAAUUUAAAAUGCAUUCUUGUUUGCAUUAUGAUUCGAUAUUUUUAUUACUCGUUAUUCGUAUCCGCGAAGUAUGCGUGUUUCGACAUUUGUAAAAUAAAUUGCUCAUCUGCUAAAUUGAUGUGAAAUUGUACAGCAUCUGUCGGAUAUUGUCUCACGAGGUCACAAGGACAUCUCGCGGUGAUGUGACUCGCCAUUUUAAGUAUCUCCAGUUAAAUAUCCAUCAAAAAAAUCAAUCUCCAUCACAGUGCAAUGUGUUUAACGCUGUGCAAUCUAUAUUACAGUUGUCAUAUAUUGACAAAAUGCGCGCAUGGGGUUUGGAAGAAAUGAUUUAAGUUGAAGGAUACUUACGGAUGAGUUAACCUGGGAGUUAUUAAAGAUGUCUCACGAUCUUUUUUUGUAUCGUUAUAUAUAAAUAUAUAUAAUAUAUAUAGUUUUUUACUUGUCAAUCAUCGCAAAACAUAUUUAUCGUUACGCACACAUCGUUUUUGUGGAUUCUUCAUUUAUAAUCGCUGUAUUAUUGAAAUCUCGUUGAAAUCUCAUUGCAGCUUUCUGUAUAAAUCUUUAUACGAUAUUUUGUAUCACGCAUUUAGUACAUGAAUAUACGGAUUACUCUUUAUUCUUAAGAACUGUCACUUCUUCGUCACACUUGAGGUCGUCGGAAUUCCACUAUGAAUUGCGCCAUUUGAAGCAAGGAGAGAUUUAUCACAUGGCGUAUAUCUUUCAACACAUUAUGUAAUAAUAACGGUUUUGAAUGUCGCCACUCAGCUAUUCCAUCGGAGAUUACUGUUGUGGAAAGAAUAAGCGUUUGUGUGUUCUACAAUCUACUCUGUCGUGUAAACAUGAUUGUGUAUAGUGAGACUACGUUUUUGAACGCCACACGAUAAAAGACCUCUGAGUAAUGUAUGUACGUGUGUAAGGUGCAUGAGUAGAGUUACGAUAGCGUACGGGAGCGAAAUGGAGAGAUCUCUAAGUUCGUUAUUCCCCUGCGUCAUUGCAUUUGUAAAAGUUUAUUGAAUAUUGUAGUUGUACGAGGGAAAUAUAUCUGAUAUAAAGAAUAUAAGAAGGA